UUUUACUUUUGACAGUUGAGGGUUGAGCCGUUUACGGGUUUUCCGGUUUUGUCUAUAGUCAUGCCUGCAGUGCUGCCACCUGCGGGACGAUUGAUGUAAUGUAGUGGAUAUGACGUCAUUGACAUUACUGUCCGACGGGAAUGGGAAAUCAGAAAUGGCUGCGAUAGGUAGUGGACGGGGAACGAUGGAUUCCCAAAAUCAAGUGCAAAGUGAUACAACUGUAGACCGUUUAAAAUUACUUUAUCCAAAUGUGAAUGAAGAAGAAACCCCUUUGCCGCGAUCAUGGAGUGCCAAGGACAAGUUCAGCUACAUCGGGCUGUCGCAAAAUAAUCUACGAGUGCACUACAAAGGUGGGACGCAGGGUCCGGGACGAAGACCCCACCUGCCAUAUCUCCACUUACGCCUCUGGAUGUAUCGUCAUGGCAAAACACACAAGGAUGCGGCGAGCGUCCGCGCCACACACCCCAUACCUGCAGCCUGCGGGCUGUACUACUUCGAGGUGCGGAUCGUGUCCAAGGGCCGCGACGGGUACAUGGGCAUCGGACUGUCGGCGCACGGGGUCAACAUGAACAGGCUGCCAGGCUGGGACAAGCACUCAUACGGCUAUCACGGCGACGAUGGGCACUCGUUCUGCUCGUCCGGCACCGGUCAGCCGUACGGGCCCACGUUCACCACCGGCGACGUCAUCGGCUGCGGCGUCAACCUCGUCGAUAACACCUGCUUCUACACCAAGAAUGGCCACCAUCUGGGCAUCGCCUUCCGGGGGCUGCCUCCCAACCUAUACCCGACGGUGGGCCUGCAGACGCCGGGCGAGGUGGUGGACGCGAACUUCGGGCAGCAGCCGUUCGUGUUCGACAUCGAGGACAUGCUGCGCGAGCUGCGCGCGCGCACCCGGCUCACCAUCGACGAGUUCCCGCUCCCGGACGCGCAGGGCCAGUGGCAGCAGGUGUUGCACAGGAUGGUAUCGACAUACCUAGUCCACCACGGGUACUGCAGCACGGCCACGGCCUUCUCCCGCGCCACCGGACAACCCAUACAAGAAGACAUACAGUCUAUUAGGAAUAGACAGAAAGUAUCGAAGUUAGUGUUAUCGGGUCGCAUCGGCGAAGCGGUGGAGCUGACUCGGAGACUUUAUCCAGGUCUCUUAGAGCGGGAAAAGGAGCUGCUGUUCCUGCUGCAGUGUCGGCAGUUCGUGGAGAUGGUCAACGGCACGGAGCAGGGGGAGGCUGGCGCGGCGACGGAGAACGGCGCCAGCAACGGCGUCGCCACCUCCGUCAUCUCGCACACCAGCCGCGCGCCGAGGCACACCAAUGGGGUGUCAGAGGGCGGGUCGCGGUCGACGCCGACGAAGGACGGCGACGUGGAGAUGGCGGCCGAGCCCGACGCGCCGCACGGUGCGGAGCCGGUGAAGGGCAUGCCCGGCGUCACGGCCAGCGUGCACCAGCUCAUGCCGGACUUCCACAAGGACGCAGAGGGUUGCGGGAACCGCGCCUCCGUGGAGAGGAUGCUCGCCUUCGGGCGCGAGCUGUACGCGGCGAGCCAGAAGCUGAGCCAAGACAACUACCACAAAGCCAUGCUGGAGGACGCGUUCAGUUUGUUGGCGUACAGCAACCCGUGGGACAGCCCCGUGGGCUGGCAGCUGCAGCCCGUGCGGCGCGAGGCGGUGUGCGCGGCGCUCAACUCCGCCAUCCUAGAAUCAAUGGGCAUGCAGUGGACGUCGCCGGUGGAGGCGUGCGUGUCGCACUCGCGAGCACUACUGCGUCGCAUGUCGCGCGCGGGGCUCGGCGCCUGCGCCUUCGCCGACCUGCCCGCCUUGCUGCGCCGCUGACUGUGCUCGCCCGCGACCACACGCCGCGCCCGCCCGGGCCGCGGGCGGGGGCGGGGGGUCGUCGGAGGAUGCCGAAUGUGACCCAACUACUGAUUGCCAACUAAUUAUUCUACACUGGACCGGUCCGAUGUAACGCCGACUUCCGAUUGCAUAAUGAAGUAAAAGUAACACAGUCUGUUGCCCCCGCCUAAUGUCUCAAUUGUUCCCAUUGGACGAUGACAGUAGGAAUAAAUGGAAAUAGGCCUUAGGGAGUCAUAAAAUUAAUCAAAAAGUAGCCAGAAGGAUAACUUUCAGAAUAGUUGCUUACGAUACAAGUGCGAAAAAUAAGAAAUUCGUAACGAGUGACGAUAAAUUAAAACACGACCGGAGGCAGUAUUUUAAAUCGACACGAGUUGCGUAUUACCUAUUCGCACAUCUAUCGUACAACGUUUUACAGUACAUGUGACCCUUUAAAUUUUCGACACAGUUACAUAAUGUGCUAAUUUUACGCACUAGUGUGGAAAAGUAGCACCAUAUGUACUGUAAAAUACAUUUCAAAAAUGCUGCAUUUUUACAGGAAUGUUCUGUGGUUUGGUAAAAGAAAGAAGGUUUUGAACUGACAAUAAAAUUAUAACGACCUAUAGAUACUAAGUAAUCCACAACUUUCGCCACCUUGUUGCAAAAUACUUUCAUCAAAAAGAAAGGACACCUAAAAAGAAGCGCAAACCAGGUUUCCAAAAGCCAAAGUUAUACGAUGGUAUAUAAAAAAACACGAUAAAAUGGUAUCUUGUUAAAAAAAUACUUUCAACCUCUACAACAAAUAGCAGCAAAUUUAACAUAGAUAUAACUAUAUGUGACCUGCAACUUACUAUACAUUUCCAAACUUUUACUUCAAUAUGCAACCCCAGGCGAGGACAGUGCCGUGCGGAAACAAGCCGAGUGACUUUGUAAAUAAAGAUCAAUUUACCUUAACGAAUUAACGCACACUCAAUGCCUUAAGUGACGUGUGGAGUGAACAAGUGAGUGGAGGACUUUACGAGUACGAGUGAUCGUUGUGGUUUAAUUUUAAAUAAUGACUGCGUUGGCUACGGUGCAUCUAGAAUUGGUCAUCUGUGGCGAGAUAUUUUAACAUGUUUUAUGUUAAAAACUGGUGCAAAAUCAAUACACUUUAUAAUUUAUUUGAUGUAUCAGGUAAAUGGUAACUUUUUGAUGUCAACAUCAUUAUAAAAAAAUGGGUAUACUUUGAUUUGAAAAAGUAAUACCAUUUGCCUGAGAAAUUUACAUAUGUCAAUGUGAAAAAGCUUUACUAUUUUUCACUAUAGAGUGUUGAUUUUAGUACCAGCAGCCUAAGCAAAUAGAUUGCUGGAGAAGGUUUUUUUAUGUAGAUUCAACUUGCAUUAGGCUACCAAUCAUACUAAUUCAUAGAUUACACAUUCUAGAUUCAUCGGCAACCUCCUUGUAAUAAUAAAUAAUUGCGUUGGUCCAUAUUGUUGGUUCGUCAAUCAAUUUUUGUAUAAGUUUUAUGCGUAGGUUUAGACUGGCGAGCGCCAGUCGCAAGUCGCAGUCGCACAACGCCGCAGUCGCACGAUAAUCGCAUUUUCAUUGUGUAAUCAAGUUAACCAUACAAAUAUUUUUUAUUGCACACUUAAUUCAAAAAUAGGAGAAAACAGUACGUGGAAAAAAAUUCCAAACUACCUACACAAGCUUUAUGCUUUUGACCGUAGAAUCGUUUUCAGCGGUAGCAGCAUGGUUCCAUUUUUAUCGCCUGUCACUAUGCCUGUCAGUUUCAUACUUAAAACGUGACCGGCAUGAUGACGGGCUAUAAAUAUGAGACCGUGCUACGGCCCCUGGUCAAUUAAAGCAAUCGAUCUGUUUAGUUAUUUUUGCAGCUGUCUACACUACAUUGUGUACACUACACUGUAUACAGUAUAUUCCAUACCUGAUUGCGAGACUUCGGCCUUUCUAAUGACCGAGUCCAAGAUAUUACCCAAUGAUUGGCAUUGAAAAGCAGUUAUUGGUAUUAAACUAAUUCUACGGAUUCCACUCAGGUUUAGUCACUCGUGCGACACAGCGUGCGACGCGGCGCGCAGCAGUACGCGAAGCACGGCCGUCGUGAACGCUCGCACUGUUAGUGCUUGAGAUAGAGACCUAGGCUCUCCGAAACAUGUCGCGCGAGUGACUAAAAACACGAGACUGGAAUCCGUAGAAGAAGUUUAAUGUUUAAAUUCAGUCAUCGGUAUAUUAUUUAUAUUAUAAACAUGUGAAUAUUAGAAUGUGCGUGUCGGCGUCGUGCGGCGGCGAGCGCGUCGUGUACAGCGUACGAGUAUAAGAGCGUAGUACCAUAUUUAUGAGACGAUUCUUUCGACACAUAUUUUUGCACUCGACUGUACACGUGCAGGGAGCCCGGGCGGGGCCGCGGGGGCUGCUUCUUUAAUAUAGCUAUUUGGCUAUGGAAAGCGAUGCUUUUGGAAAUUAACGUCAAAUAAAAAAAAAAUAUUAAAGGACAUUAUUACACAAUUUGACCAAGUCCCACAGUAA